AUGGAAAAGAUUAAAACGCCGUCAUGCACGUAUGACGGCAAGGGUGAUCCAAAAAGGUACAUUGCAGCAUUUGAGAGCCAUAUGUUGUUGUACACCGACACUGACGCGGUAUGGUGCAAAGUCUUUCCUACAACACUGAUCGGAGCAGCGUCAGACUGGUUUACUAAUUUGGAACCUGGAUCCAUAGAUGGCUUUGAUACUCUAGUCAAGUUAUUCACGGGUCAAUACAUAAGCAAUAGCGCGAGGCAGAGAACUUCAGGAGAGCUUAUGUCCGUCAAGCAGAAAAGGGACGAGUCACUGAGGGACUUCGUUCGACGUUUCAAUAAUGAAGCCAACACCAUACCUCGAUUACAGCAGGAAAUAGCCGUCAUGGCCUUGAUGAAUGGUUUGGCUGACAUCGAUUUCAAGAAGUAUAUGGCACGGAAAUCUUUUCCCAAUCUCGGCGCAGCUUUUAACAAAGCGCAUGACUACAUAAAGAGCAAAGAACUUCUGAGAGCAGGAAGUCAAAUAGCGUUAGCAGAGCCCUCUCGGAGGAACAAUGCUCAAUCAUUGUCGGAGAGCUACGGGGGGGUCAACAGGCAAAAUCAGCAAAAAACAAAUAGACCGACUAGAGGUCUAGGACGAUACAGUAAUUAUACUCAGCUGAAUACACCCAGAGCAGCAAUUUAUUCUAUAAACCAGCACAAGGAGGAUUGGAGUCGGCCAGCACCAAUGAUAACAAAAGGCCGAGAUGUGAAGAAGUACUGCAUGUUUCACAAGGAUGUCGGUCAUUACACAGAAGAAUGUAUCCAACUCAAGGAGAACAUCGAGGAUCUUAUUAGAAAAGGACAUCUGUCCCAAUACCGAUCGCAAACAAGUACAAGCCGACAGGGAUAUCAACCGGUAAGACAGCCUGGAUACCGCAAACCGGAAAAUCCAUCAGCGCAAGAUGACGUCUACCGGCAAGACAACAGUAGGGUUUAUCGACAGGGCUCUGCGCCCCCUGGACGAAAAAUCACCAUUGAGGUGAUUACUGGAGGACCGGUGCACGGAGGAUCGGUAAAUGGUGCAAAGAAGAGUCUGUCGGAGUAUAAGCACAUAGUAAAUGCUUUAGGAAUAGAUGAACGACCUCGGCCAAAUAAUAUUCCUUCUGUGUCUUUCUCUGAAGCUGACGCCAAAGGCGUAGUCUUUCCUCACGAUGACCCAUUAGUGCUGAUAUUGUCGAUAAGCGGGUGUGACGUCAAGCGUGUGCUUAUAGAUGGAGGUAGCUCAGCGAAUAUCCUAUUCGCAAGGGCAUUUGAUGCAAUGAUGAUAGGUCGGAUAUACCUUACACCGGUGUCAUAUCCGGUUAUUGGCUUUAACAGUUCUACCGUUAGACAUGAGGGUAGCAUAGUUUUGCAAACCUGA